CCACCCACCCAAAAAAAAGCUUCUGCUUCCCCUCGAUGGCUCGAUCUCCAUGGAUUUGGACUUUGGAGCCUCUCCCCCCACGCACGUGCAGCGGCGAGCGGCCUCUGGCGGUGGUGCCGGCGCCUGUGCUUCCCGCCCGGGCGGCACAAGAGAGCUGCAACCCACAUGCCGGCGGCCGGCGUGUUGGUUGGAUCCUUAUCCAUGGAGUUUGAUUGCUUGGAAAUCCAACCUGCAAGGUCAACUGAUUUCCCCACGGCUUGCAUCUUGGCCGUCUCAAAUAUAUGCGUGGAAGUUGCCGGAGCCUGCAGAUCCGGAUCCGGACUCUUCUCCUCAGAACUGAAUCAACCGGCAUGACGAAGCCGGAGUAAGCUGAUGCCAAAGAGAUCGACCGUGGUCCCAUGCUGCCUCCGCCUCUAAUUAACAAACAGCAAGACGUACGUAAGCACAGGAUGCUGCAAAAGAAUGAAAACUUGCAAGCGGAGCUUGAUUCAGCUUUUGGAGGAGUUGGAUCAUAUGAUGUUAGUAACAGUCGCAGUGGAAAAACAAAAGCCAUCUGCAUCCUGAAAAAUUACUGCAUCAUCGAAGAGGCCCCAAAACCACGCCGUCUUCAUUCCCCUCGCAAUCUCGAUUUCGCCGACGACGCCAACCGCCUCCGCCUCCGCCCUCGGGUUCCCUCUGCAACCGCAACAUGGCGAAGCGCGACCGGGCUGCCCGCGGCGACCGCGGCGCGCAAAGGGAGGCUGCCCGCGGCGCGCGGAGGGAGGCUGCCGGCGGCGACCGCGGGCGGAAUCCGUGGCCCCAGAGGGGCUGCUGCGGGGGGAGGCCAAGUACCAGGAAGAGCGGGGAAUGGCGGAGGUCGACUCGAGCAUGGUGCGGCAGCAGGCGGCGGCCAGCGCGGCGGCGCACCACACCCUCGCAGGCCUGCGGACAUCGCCUUGGGUAAUGACAACAAGAAAAUGUGGUUGGAUGGCAAUAGGAACAGAGACGUUCAUGAACAAAAGACUGUUCUGACAGGAAGCCCUUUCCGAUCUGAGAAUACUCCAACGAAAGUCAACAACAAAGACUCCAACAAAUAAUAGAUGAGCUUCGGGAGUUGAAGAAUCUGUUGUCCGGUCAAUCUACAUGGGAAGCGAGUGAAGAAUCUCUGAAACAAUAUCAUGAGUUGCUUGGUGAAUUCGAGAAGAUAAAGAAGGAAAUCAAAUCUGCUCAAGGGAUGGCCAUCCCACUGCCCAAGGACGUCGGAAAGAAGCCUAAGUUGAAGGUGUCCCUGUUCAAGUAGUAGAGAGUAGCCAUCCCAAUGCUCAAGGACGAAGUAUUUGCAGUACCAAAUAGAAUGUAGGCAGGAUCAGUCGAAGUAUUUGCUAUACCCUAAAGAUGAAAUGGUGCAGCAUAUGACUUCAUUUUGUUUGACUGAAAGUUAGAAUAGUGCAUCUGAUGACUGCCCUGUUCUAGCAGCAGUGUCUGGCUGUUUCUACGUGUGGAAAAUAAAGUACAGCCAUAAGCAGAUUAGCUUUAUGCACAAUUCACAGAUUGAGGCCCAUAGUUUUUGGAGAUAGUGUACGAAGCAAACUUGUCAUGA